CCAUAUUUCCAUGGUGUCCUGCUUUCAGUCGCCACUCCUAUCGCUUUUACUUUUCCUUGAGCUGUCGUUACCCGAGUGCUGCUGCAUUGCUGUAAGCACCACACACUAUUUGAUUACAUUUCGCCCAUACUCUCUCGUUUCUUCCAUUUCCUCUUUAUCAACCUCUUCAAGUCAGAAUUCGAUCACGAUAUCGUAAUAUACGUGGAUAUUCCAUCAAUUGUCUCAGCCGCUGCGAUCAUCCGACUUGUCUUAACCAUGAUUAGCACAGACAACGCCGGGAAUACCACCCCCAUAGGGAUGCACGAUUUGAAGAUUGAUCUGGAGAAGGCUGUAAAGCCAGAGUCUGAUCUCGGUGGCAAGACUAAGCGGAACACUAGAGGGCCAAUGACCGGCGACACUGGGCUAGGCAAUGCCACAAAGCUGAAAGACGAUGACCCCACUGAUGGCGGCGCCGCCGCAUGGCUGGUUGUAUUGGGAGCGUGGUGCUGCUCCUUCUCUAGCUCGGGCUGGAUAAACAGUGUGGGCAGCUUCCAACAGUAUUACGAGGUCGGACCUCUGAGAACCUACUCCAGCAGCACCAUUGCCUGGAUCCCUUCGCUCCAGAUAUUCUUCCUGUUCGCCUUGGGACCUAUCGUCGGCAUAUUAUUCGACAGGUACGGGCCGAGGCCGCUGAUAAUUGGCGGGACGAUUCUUCACGUCUUUGGGCUUAUGAUGGCCUCGUUGGCAACAACGUACUAUCAGUUCAUCUUGUCCCAGGGAGUGUGUAGUGCCAUGGGCGUUGCGUGUUUAUACUCACCAGCGCUGGCCUGCAUCACAACCUGGUUCUCCAAGAAGCGUGGAGCGGCCAUGGGCAUCAUGGUGACAGGAUCGUCAGUCGGCGGUGUCAUAUUCCCCAUCAUGAUCAGUCGUAUGAUCCAGAGUACCGGAUAUCCCUGGGCCAUGAGGACUGCGGCCUUUCUUAUACUCGGCCUGCAGAUCAUUGCAAUCUUUACAGUACGCCCGAAAGCAAUUCCCGUACCCAAGAAGAUGCCCGUUGGCCGCUUGGCUGCACCCUUUAAAGAGUUCCCGUUUCUCAUGUUGUUGCUGGGUAUUUUCGUCCUGACUUAUGGCAUAUUCAUCCCUAUCGACUAUUUGGCUGUGCAGGGUUUUCAGGAAGCACACAUGUCAGAGGAUAUGGCUCAAUACUUGGUGUCUAUCUUUAACGCCGCAAGUCUCUUCGGCCGUCUGGCCGCUGGUUAUGGCGCCGACGUAAUCGGACGAUGGAAUAUGUUCAUUAUCGCCUGUGCUCUUUCUGGGAUCUCCGAGUUCGCCGUCUGGAUCCCCGCUAAGAGCUCAUCCAUUACAAUUGGCUUCGCGAUCAUGUUCGGCUUCGCGUCAGGAGCCUUUAUAGGUCUUUCCGGCGCCCUUCCUGUCUCCGUGUCCCCACUGCCAGAAAUCGGCUACCGGCUAGGAAUAGUCUUUCUCGCCAUUGCAAUCCCAGCCCUCACUAUGGCACCAAUCGGUGGAGCCAUUUUGCAAAAUUCGACCAACGGCUGGCUGGACGUGAAGAUCUUUGGCGGUGUCAUGUGCCUCGUGGGGUCAGCGAUUAUUCUACUAUCGAGGUUACUCUAUACCGAGAAACGAAUUCUCAAGGUGUUUUAAGUGUGGAGGUAACACAUUUAUCAAGUUGACGGAACAUAUUCAAGGGCCCGCGGACUGAUCUGGGGCGGUAUGUUUCGACCUACAAUUAGAGAUACUUUGGUUCUUAGAAGAAUCAUUUUCAUCGGGUAACCGAAACGUUUGGUCUUGACUACGGUGUAUUAUUACUUACUAGAAGCCUUCUUGACUAUAACACGACUCAGUGAUGUAUGUACGGAACCUCGACAAUUUGUUGGGGGCCUUGCCCCGUCUCUGGAGCUCUCAACUGAUCUGCCUAAUGGAACUGAGCAUACGAAGG